GAGCCACAUUACGCAUAUCCUUCGCACAACAUGCCUGGCCCAUCUCAUCAUCUCAAACCCUCUUCUUCUUCCUCUUCUUCUUCUUCUUCCAUGAAGCUCAAAACCUUGCUCCAGAUUCUCAUCUCCCGAGCCAAGUCCAUUCUCGUUCAGCUCAUUGACCCUCUUGUAAAGAAGAAGAACAAGGCCAAGACCAAUAAUCAGCUCUUCCUGGGCUCCUUCCGCCUCCACUACAACUGGAGCUCCUCUCGCGUCCUGGACGUCUACUACGAUCCCACUUGGAGUCCCGCUUUUACUUUUGCGGAGCGCGACGAGCCCGGCGAGUCGCCGGAGCUCUCGGGGUACCUCCGGUGGCUGGAGGAGGAUCGGUAUCACGACAAGGCCGCCGCGGCGGUUGAUGAGAAGGAGAAUUGUGGCGGCGAGAUUGACAUGCUGGCGGAAAUGUUCAUAGCGAGCUGCCAUGAGAAGUUCAAGUUGGAGAAGCAGGAGUCUUACAGGAGAUUCCAGGAGAUGAUGGCUAGGAGUGUGUGAGUCACUGAUCGAUCGAUGAUGAAUUAAUUUAAUUCAACUUAUGUGAAAUUAUAUCCCUUUGUAAUAAUUUUAAUUAAUCAGCCAACUUUCCCUUUAAUUUAGCUCCCUUAAUUUCUUCUUUUCUUUCUUUCUUUUUUUUCUUUUUGGCUAUUAAGUAGACAUGGAAAGCGAAUGUUUAACCUUUCAGUUUCAGUAGCUAGUGCCUAGUAGGUAGCUGCUAUAUAUUUGUCCAUGCAUGUGUAACUGUGUGUGGGUGUGAGUGUGUGUCGGUUGGAUGAAGAAUCCGAUUUCUGUGGUGACUGAUAUAUAGAACCCAUUUUGGUUCCAUCCAUACAUACAUAAUAAUUCACAUUCA